AUGGGCCAGCGUCUCCACGGCCAUGAGACGGGAAGGCCCUUUCUCCCUCAGCGGCGAGGCCCCGCGACAAGAGACGGACAACCGUAUGAAACGAGCUACCCCCCUGCUCCCCCCCGUCCUCCUCCUCCCUCCAACAAGCAAUCCUCCGCCUCUUCUUCCUCCUCCUCCUCCUCCUCCUCCAUCCGCCCCUGCUGGUACAGAGGCAUGAACCCUUUAGCCAUGGCGCUGAAGAAGAAGAAGAGGAGUGAGGCAGUGAAGGGGCGGGCCAACCUGCUGGAGACUCAGCGGCCGGGUGCAGCAAGCAAGUACCAGAUCCGGACGUCCGGCAACAUCGACGGAGACUGUUUGGUCAGAACAGACUGCUACAUCAAACGCCAGUCACGCCCACACGGGACGGAAAGGAGCUCGCUCAGAAGAGAACCGAAAGAGGAGAUUCUGGCAGUCAACACAACGCUGACGCAGGCACAAAGGGCUCAUAUGAACGCGGGGGGCAUCCCGCCGACAGGCAAACGGAACCGCGCGCGCCUUACCGUGAUGAAGCUGACGUCGUACCGCGGUGAUGUCUCCAAGCUCUCGUUGGCCGAUUCCUUCGUCUACCUGCUGAGUCAGCUCCCCAGUUAUUUAGUCCGUAUCGAGUCCAUGCUGUUAAAAGAGGAGUUUCCCGCGGCGAGUGAGGUCAUGAGACGAGACAUUAAGAUCCUCCGCACAGCCACCAAAGAGUUAAUGUGCUGUGAGGAGCUUCACGCUGUUCUCCACCUCGUGCUGCAGGCGGGAAACAUCCUCAACGCUAAACCGGGAAUGAACCUGCUGCACUUCGUGGCUCUGGAAGCCCAGAAAAAAGACGUCAAUCUGUUGGAGUUUCCUCUGAAGUUGCGUCACGUCCAUCCUGCAGCCCGGAUCUCCGUGGCAACGCUGGACACUGAACUGCAGUGCCUGACGACUCGCACGCGCUCAGUAGAGGUGAGCGCCCAGAGAGACACGGAGCUGCUGCAGCAACUGGACGACUUCCUGCAGUCGGCCACCUCGUCCCUGUGCUCGCUGCAAGGCAGUCGGCAGCAGCUGAAGCAGGAAGGCAGCGAGCUGAUCGACUUCUUCUGCGAAGACCGAGAAACGUUCAGACUGGACGACUGUUUCAGCAUCUUCCACACCUUCUGCUCCAGGUUCACCGCUGCCGUGAAGGACAACGUAGAGCGAGAGGUGAAGGACGCCGCCCGUCUCCGGCGGUUGCAGGAGCUGGAGGAGCAGAAGAGGCACUCGUGGGCCGGAGGAGAGCUGGUGGGCGGAGCUUUCAGGUUGCGCUGCAGCAGUGAGGCGGAUAUGUCUGCUGCAAUAUCACGACACGAUGAGGCUGGGCUGCUGAUGGAGCUUCUGACCCCGAAGACCCGCCCACGAUCGCCGCUAAACAACAAUCCUCUGGGACGAUCGGAGAGCUUACGGCGCUCCCGUAACUCUCCAUCCAGCUCGCCGUCCAUUGCUGCUGAACGCGAGCUGAGCACACUCCUGGGGAUGGCGACCCACGACCACAAAGACGCCCCACUGUCGGCACACGAACACGGGCGUAGAAGUCCGGGACUGUCCCCGCAAAGUCCAAGGGCCACAACGUGCAGCUUCCCCCAAAACCAGCAGCCUCAAGCGGGACAGACAGUGCCGCAAACCCGGUCGUCCUCCGCGAACCAUACAACCGCCACUUACCUCAGCUUCGAUGCAACCCAGACUCGAUUAACCGCCAUCGACCCGAUAAAUAAAGUUACAGUCGCACCUACCUCUGACGCGAACCAGCAAUCCGACCUCAACAACAACGGCAAAGAUCGACUCGGACUGGGUUUUACCAGCCAGGGAACACUUUCAGAACGCCACUCUGGUUUGAGCGGGGAACAAACUAGAACCAACAAAGCCGAUCAGGAUUCUAGAGGAUCGAUCGACCGCAGUGACGACACGUUUGAACGCGGCGCCGCUACGGCAGGAAACAUGUCGGUGGUUUUAGAGAAAUGUACGCUGGUGCCGGAACUGAAGGUGUUCGACAAGGUGAGCGGCCACGGCGAGGAACGCCAUCGCACCAGGGGCCACCCUGGAGACGAUAUAUCAAUCAUAGAUUUGGAAGAAGACGGAGUUGAUGAAGUCCAGAACGUGGAAAAAUCUAAUGCACAAAUCCCUGAGACAAACACUUCUUCAUCGCAGGAAGAGGAAGAGGAGGGACGAGAGCAAAAGGUGGUCGUAUGGUGCGUGACGGGCGUGUGCGAGGCAGCCGGCGAGCUCGCACACUCUGACGAGACACACGCACAAACUGAGAAGGAUCAGAGUAGAACUGACAAUCAGGGAGGAAGCAGGCAAGCUUCCUCCUCACCAACCAAUCGCACGCCUUCAGAACCUCAGCCGGCCAAUGAGAAGCCAGUGCCUGUACCCAUCAGCAGCCAGCCGGUGCCUGUCUCCCGCUGUGACGACCCGUCGCAUCCCGCCUCGUCCCCGAGGUGGCGCCCAGCGGAGCCUACGUCAGCCAACGAAGGGCCUAUUCUCACCGCAGGUGCCUCUGAGGAAGAAACAGCCAAUCAGGAGGAGGAAGCGGAGGGUUCGACCAAUGAGGAGAGAGAACCGAAGACAGAAGCUUCCACUAACGAUAAAGCAGAACCGGUAGCUUCGACCAAACCCUCCACCAAGAACCUCCUUACCUCUAAACCCCGACCCGCUGGAAUGAAACCCGCCUCCUCCAACAAAGGAAAACCCGUCCGCACCCUCAACUGCUCCGAGGACCAGGGCAUGAGGCGGGUAGUGCCGAUCUCCAGAACCAGCCGAGGAGCUCCGUCUCUGGGCAAACAUUCUGAAAAGGCUUCUGGGGGAAAUCGGCGAGGCUCUUCCAGCACGCCGGUACCGGUCGGUCUGACGGUCUCCAGCCACAGCAGCCCCUCCCUCCGACGAGGAGAGCGACCGUCGACCGCUCCUUCGUCCCGACGCUCGAGCAUCACCAAGGACCCGAAAGACCAGAAGGUUUCGGGUCCUUCGGCACGAGAGCAGAACCAGGACUUGCACAGGAAGCCGUCCAUCCGGAAGCCUUUAACGAAACCCAAAGUCCAACCGGAGGAGAAGAUGUGUCGCUCCACGCUGAGGGCGCUCACUCAAGGAGGAGGAGGAGGAGGAGGCAGCGUCAGUGCUCCUGUUACUCCUCUGCACAAAGCCGCUACUCCUUCUUCAUCGCUGCUUCCACGCUUCGCCCGGAGCACCGCCUCCUCUUCGUUCAGACGAACCCACGUCACCCUCGCUCCUCGUCCUCAUUCACCCCACACUGCCUCAAACUCCUCCCCCAAAACCACCACCUCCUCUUCCUCCCCCGUCCCUCCACCCAGCUCCUCCUCCCCUCUGAAGCGAACAGGCUCGUUGAGAUCCCCCGUCACCUCCAGAUCCUCGGAUCUCGUCAACCCUUCCUUCUCCUCCUCUUCCUCCUCCGCGCUGACGAAGUCUCAAAGCAUCAGGGCGCCUCCUCACGACUCACUGGCUCCCCCUAAAGGCCACCGGCGGAACGACAGCGGCUCCUUCUCCGACAAGUCGUCUCACUCGAGGGACUCGGGCAAGCCCUCCCGGCCGAACUGGAGAUAACAGGAGAAAUCUGGGGACACAUUCCAACAUGAAGCACAGACACUGUUGAGGUUGAAAAGGCUUAAUUCCAAUAUAAAGAGUUAAUUUUGUUAACCUUUAACCUUUAUUGGUGGUAAAAGGACGCAUUCCAUUUGAGAGCACUACGUCACGUCCACUUUAGACUGUAAAAGGCUGCAUUCCAAUAUGAAGAAUAAACACCAAUGUGGCCACCGAACCUCACAGGAGUAAACACACUCUUUAGUUUUCAGACUUUAAGGGUUGAAAUAUCUAAAGGUUGGAUUAAAAAUCAAUAAAUUGUUUUAUUUACAGAUUCUUGAGACAUUUUUUCAAAAAUUGUGUCUUUUUUUAACUGAAUUUAAGCCGAUUUAUAACAUGUUAUUUUCUAAAUUAAUGUUAAAUUUUGGCAUUAAUAAAAAUAAAACCUAUUUAUUGAUUUCUAAUUAAUUCCACCUUAAGAUAUUUCUACUCAAGCCUUUACUAACGUGCCACAAUAAUGUUUUUUUUUAGUUAAAAUAUCUUAAUUUGGGUGAUUUUCCAAGCAGAUAUUAAUUAAUAUAUCUGAUUGUUUGCGAUUAAUUAAGUAUAUUUAUAUUCCUCCAUGCAGCCCCUCCAGCUCCGCCCGUCUGCGAGACGCCACAUUCGUCCGUUUUUUAAGGGAAAAUGAAGGAAAUAAAUAAAUAUCUGCAUCUACAAAUUAAUGUAACAAGAUUGUUUGUUAUAAAAAACGUCAUUUCUGUCGUGUUUAUGGUAAACGACUGAAUCCCAGCUCCUGAUUUAACGACUUUAUUUUAACUUUAACUAACCAAGCUGAGGAAUCUUUGUACAUUUGGCCUGAUUUGAAUUAGUAAUCAUAUUAUGAUUAUUAUUGUAUUUUUAAUUAGUUUUUCUAAAAUCACUGAGAAUCAUGGAGAGAAAGAAAAGAAGAGUGGAUAGUUUGGACGAGGAGAUAUUUUAUGUAUAUAUUAUAUUUAAAGUGUCUCCGAUUGUAAAGCGACAGUGUCUGACUCACUGGGAAAAGUCUGCAGUGCCAAGUUUGUUUAUAUGAAGAUGUUUGUAUGUUUAUGUAUCUAUUUAUGUAUGUAUGAAGUUAAUAUUUGAUAUAUAUAUAUAUAUAAUCUGUCUACUAAUUAAUAAAGUAUUAUUCCUCCAACACACUGCACUCUGGGUGGAAUUUAUAUUUAGAACCUGAUCCGAGUUCUUUCAUAUUGAAUAUAUGAUAAUAUCAAGUGUAAUCCAACUAUACACUAUAAAACAAUCUGUACAUUUACG